ACUGACUUCGUACAUUUCGCUUGCACGCGACUUCGGGUAUGACCGAUGUCACAUGCUACUACUAUUUCUGCAAAUACGUAUGUGCAUAUAUUAUAUAUGUAGAUGUAUGUGGAUAAUAAUUGUUUUGUCCUGUCGCUGUUAGCCUUGCUGUUGCUUUCGUGCUUUUGUGCAUUCAUUUGUUUGUUCGCUUCAAAUGCUGAGUUCCUUUGGUUUGCCAAAUUUAUGUUUGUUCGCCGGCUGGUGUUGCUGUUGCUGCUACUGCUGCUGCUUCUGUUGUUACUUGUGUCUUUCCGGCCGAGCUUUCGUUGUAGCGCACGCGCUGCAAUGAUAUUCAUUAGGUUUAUAGAUAGCAAAGCGCUCGGUCGAAUUGGAUCCAUACAGGCAGCAGCAGGCAGUGCUAGGAAGCCAACAAGCCAAGUCAGCCGAACAGGCAGUGCGCGGCCUCAGACCGACCAAAACGAAAACAUCAACUGAAAUGUGAAGAAUUUCAAGUCCGCUGCAAAUGCUUUAAGAAUCCCCUCGCACGCCCAUUAACUAUCGCCUGUCGGGUGUGCAUGUAAAUUUUCUACGAGAAGAAAUCAAGUAACUUAUUUGUACAAUAAUAUUUACAUUCUUAACGAAUUACUUAAUUAAACUUAGGCGCAUAAAAGCAAUAUUUGUACACGAAAUUCUGUAAGUGCUGAAAACUCAAAGCAACUGGUGCGAUUAAGUAGUGAAACGAGAAGAUUGAAAGCAUAAAAAGUGUGUGCGGUUUACAGAGUGCAGUAAGAAAUUCAAAAAAAAAAAAAAGAUAAAGACUUCAAAUUGCACAUUCAA